CUCUUUCUCUCUUUCUCAAAUCUCAAUUAUUGUUUCAGACAACUAAUUUCUUUCUCGUUUUUGAAACAUCGAUCAAGUUCUAGCCAUGGCCAAGAGCUCCUUCAAAUUGGAACACCCUCUGGAGAGGAGGCAAGCAGAAGCUGAUCGUAUUAGGGAGAAGUACCCAGAUAGAAUACCAGUAAUUGUGGAGAGGGCUGAAAGGAGUGACAUUCCUGACAUUGACAAGAAAAAGUACUUGGUUCCUGCAGAUCUUACUGUUGGUCAAUUUGUGUAUGUGGUGAGGAAGAGAAUCAAAUUGAGCCCUGAAAAGGCUAUCUUCAUUUUUGUCAAGAACAUUCUACCGCCCACAGCUGCUAUGAUGUCUGCCGUUUAUGAGGAAAAUAAGGACGAAGAUGGCUUUCUUUACAUGACCUACAGUGGUGAGAACACUUUUGGGUUGUUUUAGAACUAAAGGAAGAAGAGAUGAAUUGUGAAUAUAUCUUUACUCAUUUGAAAUGCUUUGUUUUCGGUCUGUUUUAAUUUGCUUCCUAUUAAGAUGGGAUUUGUUGAUAUGGUAUUAUUGCAAACAUAAUUAUGGUUACUUUUUAAUAUAUGCCACUGGUUGUAAAGAUGGAUGAUUCUCCUUUAAUAUGUUUUUUUUUUAUGUUUUUUUAUCUGAAUUAAUAAUUUUA